AUGGGGUCGGAGCGUUACCGGGCCCGGUGCGGCGGCGGCCGGGCAAGGCCGGGCCCAGACGAACCGAAUCGAACCGAGUCAAGCGGAGCCGAACCGCGGGAAUCUCAGCGGGGCCGAACCGAGCCGAGAAAAGCCGAACCGAGACGAGCUGAGCCGAGCGAGCCCGAAGAAAGUCGAGGGGGCCGCGCCGAGCCAAGCCAGGCCGAACCGGGCCGGGACGAACCUUCCCGAUCCUCCCCGAGCUCAGCCGAGCAGAGCCGAGCCCGGCCCGAACGCAGCCGAACCUUCCCGAUCCUCCCCGAGCUGAGACGAGCGGAGCCGAGCCCGACCCGAACGCAGCCGAACGGAUCCGACCCGGCCCGAGCGCGGCCGAACCGCCCCGAUCCGCCCCGGGACGGGGUCUGGGGCCGGCCCGGUGCGCUCGGCCCGGCCCCAUUGGCUGCGGCCGCUCUGCGCUCCGCCAAUGGCGGCAGCGCGCGGCUUAACCCGCCCGGCGCCGCGGCACCGGCACCGACACCGGCACGGCCCGUGUGCGACACCGGCCCCAAACCCGUGUGCGACCCCUGCCCCAAACCCGUGUGCGACACCGGCCCCAAACCCGUGUGCGACCCCUGCCCCAAACCCCUGUGCGACACCGGCCCCAAACCCGUGUGCGACCCCUGCCCCAAACCCGUGUGCGACACCGGCCCCAAACCCGUGUGCGACCCCUGCCCCAAACCCGUGUGCGACACCGGCCCCAAACCCGUGUGCGACCCCUGCCCCACUUCCGACCCCUGCCCCGGCCCCAUGUCCCACCCCUGCCUCGUGUCCGACACCAACCCCAGACCCGUGUCCCACCCCAGCUCCAUCUCCGACCCCAGCCCCGGCCCCAUGUCUGACUCCAACCCCGCUCCCGUUUCCCACCUCAGCCCCGGCCCCAUCCUACACCAGCCCCAUGUCCUACACACCUAUCCCGUGUCCUACACCAGCCCCAUGUCCUACACACCCAUCCCGUGUCCUACACCAGCCCCAUGUCCGCCUCCAGCCCCCGGCCCCAUAUCCGACCUCGAUCCCCUGCCCGGCCCCAGCCCCGGCCUCGUGCUCAUUUCUCUCCGCAGCCCUACGUCCGACCCUGUCCUCGUCCCUGGGCCGGAGCCCGGGCCAGGAGGGAUCCCCGUGGAUCUGCCGUGCUCCUUCCCGGUAUUCCCGGUAUUCCCGGUACUCCUGGUGUUCCCGGUGCUCCCGGUGCCCGGGGUCCCACCGGGAGCCGCCCGCGGGCCCCGGAAUGCCGGGGCCGGUUCAUCCGAGACAGAGCUGGGGGGGCUCUGCGGCCCCUCUGAGCGGCCCCCCCGGCACCCUCCGUACCCCACUGUGAAUCUGCACCCCAUCCCCCCUUCCCACCUCUCCCCCCGAGACCACCUCCUCAUUACACCCCCCGAGCUCCCUCUCCCCUUCCCCGAGGGGCUUCUCCUCCAUGCCCUCCCCAUCACUUUCGGGAGGCAAACGGGGAAACUGAGGCACGAAGCGACACGCGGGGCAGCACCCGGGGGUGUCGCACCCUCCGCUCCCCACUCGGGGGGCACAGCCAGGCUUCGGGAGGCAGCGAUCGCCCCAGCGCGGGCCCCGCAGCCCCGGGCUCGGGGGCCGUUCCCGGGGUACCGAGGCGAGGCGGGCGGCACUAGGACCCAGCAGCCGGGCGGUGCGGAGCAGCCCUCGCCGCAGCGGCUCCAGCCCCGAGCAUCCCCCGCCACCCCGGGGACACCCCCCGGCCCCGACCCCUCCCCCGGCCGGAGCGGGGACCCUCGGCCUCGGGCCGGCUCCAUGCGGACCCCCAGGGUAGGUGCCGCGGCCGAGCAGCCCCGCCGGAGCACGGCCUGGGGAGCCGGGGAGAUACCGGGGAGCAUCCCUGCCCCGGGGGGCACGGGUGGGACCCCCGCCGCCGUGGGGAGCAGCCGGGGGGUCCGGGGUAGCCCCCACAUCCCCCCCGUGUCCCCAUGGAGGGGCUGCGAGCUCGGCGUGGGGGGGUCACACAAGGCCUCCGAGCACAAGGGGUGA